AGUCGGCACUUCCCGACAAAGCAAGCUGAACAAUAAAUAUCGAAAAAGACCUCAUCUCAGUACCUUUACCAUCUCAUCGCACUCACUGUAUCGCUUUCAAAUGUCUGGUCUCACAAUGCACUUCCAUUCCAACCCGGCCUCUGGGAUGGCCGAUCUCUACCUGCAAGCACUCCAUCUUAAACUUGGUGCAGUUGGUGAGAAUCACCCGACCAUUGCCAUAACUCGUAAUGCACUUGGAGAACUCUACCUCAAAAUGGGCAAAAUCACGGAUGCUGAAGAGCAGCUCAAGAAGGCUAUUUCUGUCCACAUGAGGAAUAGUCCUGGAUACGAUGCGGCAGUCUCUGUCGAGAAUCUUGGGCAGGUGCAUGAAGUGAAGGGUGACCUCGAGGAAGCGAGGAGAGUUAGACUGUCCCAUCCCGCAGACAUCAUGGUCUGUGGAAACUAUGACUGUCCUGGUGAGACGUUUGAUCGGAGCCAGCUUUUAGCUUGUUCUGGGUGCAAGUCCGUCUUCUACUGUGGAAGAGCCUGUCAGGAUUGGCGUGCUCGCCACAAGACAUUCUGCAAAAAGCGUGCGUAAACGAGUCAGAUCACUCUCGCGCCUUGAGAAUUUCGCGUCUUGUGGAGAUCUACUAGCCUUCCUCCCGUUUGUAUGAGGUAAAUAUGUUUAUGCACUUUUGUCGCAAUGGGACGGCAUGUAUGUAAUCUAGUGAAGUCCGUCUUCCUCUCCCAUGUCAAGCUCGCUGCUCGGUCCUAGAUUACUUCGGCCAAAGUUGUAAUACGUGAUGUAAUUAUACAAGAAAUCCUGUUUUUGUGAUCCCUCA